AUGUACAACAUUAAUAACAUCAUUCAAUCUGCUACAUCCGUUCCUCUGCUGCCUUCAAAUACAUCGUCGUCAUCAACAACACCAUUAUGUCAUUCUCAUUCUAUUGUUCAAAAUCCAACAUUAUUAGCAUUUCAUACACCAUCUUCUUCAUCACCAUUGUACAAUCCUUCACCACCAUCUCAACAACAGUAUUAUCAAUCAUAUUCAUAUCCACCUCAAUCACAACUAUUAUCACAACGUGAUUGGGAAAUGAUAUUAUCAUUAAGAAUGAUGAAUAAUCUAAAUAUGUUACCACCAUUUCAGCUACCAUCUUCUGCAAUUUAUCGACAAACAGAUGAUACAGCAUCGUAUCAACCCUCAUCAUCUGAUCAAACUGGUCACCAGAUACAACAAUCGACAUAUUAUGCAACAAAUGUUCCAUCAAUUCAUUCAUAUACAGCAUCAACAAUAACAACAACACCAACAUCACAACAAUUGUUAUAUGCUCCAAAUACUCAAUGUUCCACUACACAAAUACAGCAACCAUUUACAACAGCUGCUACAUUACCAACAACAAUUUCAGUACAAACAGUACCAGGGCAAAUAUCUUUAUCUUCACAAAUAUCUCCAUCACUACAAAUGUGUCCAUCUUCACAAAUACCAUCAGGUCACCAGAAACAUUCACCUAUGCUACAAUUACAAUCACGGUCUUCGCCUCCAGCUUCACCACCAUCAAUAAUUAUUUCACCGGUACAACAACACCAACAGAAAUCUGCAAGUCGAAGUUUAUCAGCUUCUCCUGAACAACGUCAAUCAAGUUCUCCUCAACGACAUCAACUAGUUCAUCCACAAACACCGACAAUCUUUCACUACCAACCAACGAUAACAGAACCAGCUGUUAAAUUACUUGAUCCAACAAAACCGUAUAAAAUUGGAGAUCCAAUUAAAGCUGGUGGACGUACGUUACAAUCAGAUACAUCAUCAAUCAAAUAUUGGAUUGAAGAUGAUAUAACAGUUACAGAAACAGCAAGUGGAAAACAAAUACUGAAUAUGGCUGGAUAUUCCUAUUUCGUUAAAAACUAUGGAAAAAAUUUUACAACAUGGGAAUGCGAAUAUCGACGUAAUUACCAAUGUUCAUCAAUAAUUAUUCGAUCAUCAGAUCCAACUGUGAAAAAUUAUUUUCGGAUUUAUUCCAUUCAAGGCGAACAUAUCCAUGAACCAGCACCAAAAAAUGUUGAAAUUCGAAAAUUUAAACAACGUAUAAGAGACCGUUGUCGACAAGAAUUAUCUACUCCACGAACAAUUUAUGACAACGAAUUGAUGAAAGGAAAAUAUUCAUCUGAAAUGUUAAAAAUUUUGCCAACGUUUUACAAUAUGCAAGCACAAUUAUAUCGUAUUCGUCAAGAACAUUUACCACCAUCACCAACAGAUCCAAAUUUCAUCCUACAUCCAGCAUUUACAUCUACAGAUCAAGGAGCAAGAUUUUUAUUGUAUGAUUCAAAUUCUGUUCAAUCACCAUAUGAAUCAGCACCAGCUAAAGUCGGUCGUUUAAUAAUUUAUGCUAGCGAUUUACAAUUGGAUAUUUUAUCGAAAUCCAAACGUAUCGGUAGCGACGGAACGUUUGAAACAGCUGCAAAAAUGACUCAUCAAAAUUAUAUCAUAAUGGGUGAAUUUGAAGAACAACAUCCUGUACCAUUAGUCUUUUGUUUAUGCGAAUACCAGAAUUACGAAACUUAUGAAUUAAUCAUAAAAGUGUUGAAAACAGCUAUUCGUAAUUUAAAAUUAGAUUUUAAACCAAUAUAUUGGAUGAGCGAUUACGAAGCUGGUUUAACAAAAGCGAUUAAAAAACAGCUACGAAAUACAAAGUUGUUGGGUUGUGCGUUCCACUAUAAUCAAGCAAUUUAUCGAAACAUUCAAAAUAAAGGUUUACAAGAGGCUUAUCAAAAUAUAGAAGUGGUUCGACAAAUUCUGCGUCAAAUUAUGGCGCUGGCAUUCAUUCCAAAUGAUCAAAUUAGAAUAGCAUACGAUGACGUGAUUGUACCACAACUAAAUAAUGUUCCAUCAAGACCAGGAUCUAUUCGUCAAAAAUUACGUGAAUUUUUGAAGUAUUACGAAUCAUACUGGUUGACAAAGAUUUAUAAAUUUUGUGUAUUUGAUCAACCAAUAAGAACAAAUAAUGGUCUUGAAGGUAAAUAG